CAGCAUCAGUCGAUCAGCUGAUGUCUCUGUAGAUAUACGUACACACAACACUCAAAGCGUGUACAUAUACAAUUAAUGCAAGUGUUGGACAAAUUAAAUCUAUCAACCCUGCACGGACCGAGACAAAAAUGCUGUGGGCGAAAAUGUACCACGCCCAUUUUUGAGCUAAUGGAAUAUUGAACACAAAUUGUUAAUAAACGGUGCAUGACUGUAGUAGAUUGUGUGUUCCAAACAUUAAAAGGUGUGAGUAGAGUGUAUAGUGCGGUACUAUAAACAGUAGUUUCAGUCAUGGGAGAGGAGGAGACCAGGGGGUUACAGAGUGUUUUUCGCCAGAAGACCCCCUCCCGGUUCCGUCCCUAUGUGGUGUUGGAGUUUGCCGUGGGAGCCAAACAGCCGGCCAUAGAAUGGAUGAUCUCCAAGCUACAGGCCUCAGAGUCCUCUGGAGGGGCCGACCUAGAGGUCAGCGCCGUGGUGAUGACCUUCAAGAAGCAAACUGUGCUGUAUAUUGGGGCGAAGAACAGCCGCUUAUUGACUGCGGCGGACAUGACAGGGCUCAGUAAAAUAUACAAAGACAACCACUAUCGCGAGUUCUCCAUUGAAGACAUGGCCAACUUCAAGGGCAUCGAGGAUGUGGACAGUUUCCUGACGACGGCAGAGAAACAAAAGCUGAUUCUUCAUGAGAUGGAGGCAGUGCGAGCCAGUGAUGAGGAGGAUCACAUCCCGGGCUACGACAAAAUCAAACUGUGGACAGGCAAGAGUAUAUUGAAAAAGUAUCUCAGUCGAGAUAUCAUAACCAAGAUGUAUCCUCUCCAUGAACCUGAGGAUCUGAAAAAACUCGGGGCAGACUGGUAUCAGAUAAAACGAAUCUUCAAAGAACAGCCUAUAGAUGAUAUACGCCACUACUUCGGGGAGAAGAUAGCCCUGUACUUUGCCUUUCUGGGUUACUACACAAUUGCUCUGAUCCCGCCCGCCUUCAUUGGAAUCAUCUACUUCAUCACCUCCUGGCAAAGCAUGUACAGGGAGGCCAUCUUUGCUGUGUUCAACUUGAUCUGGGCCACUAUUUUCUUAGAGGUCUGGAAGCGGUACUGCUCUGAGCUAUCCUAUCGCUGGGGUACUAUAGAUAUGGUUUCCUCUACAUACGACGAACCUAGAGCUAACUAUUUUGGCACGCUUGGAGAAAACCCAGUCACUGGAAAACCAGAACCGGUUUUCCCCAAGUGGAAGCGUAGUUUUCGGUUUUACUGUGUGACGGUGCCAAUUGUUUCUGUGGCCCUUGGCAUUGCUUUCUACAUCAUGUUGGGGUACUUUGUGAUGCAGGAAUGGGCAGACAAGAAGUAUGCAUCAGAGAAAUCAUGGGUCAAUUUCUCUGUCUUGUACUUACCUACUGUCAUCUACGCUGUACUUAUAGGCAUUGUCAACUCUAUUUAUAGAAAGGUCGCCAAGAAGCUCAAUGACUGGGAAAACCACAGACUUCAGUCAGCUUAUGACAAUCAUUUGAUUGUCAAACUUAUUUUGUUUGACUUUGUGAACUGCUUCAUUUCAUUGUUCUAUGUGGCCUUCUACAUCCAAGACAUGGCCCUCCUACGAAGUCAUUUGGCGGCCCUUCUUAUAACACAGCAGCUGAUUGGUCAGGUGCAGGAGGCCAUGGUGCCAUUCCUGUUCCUGACGCGACGGAAGAAGCAGGUGGAUGCUUCGAUGAAAAAACAGGAUGCACUCCAGAAAGUGGAGUACUUCAACGGAGAAGUGACAGAAGAAGUCCAGAAACAGGCCGGGAUGGAGAGUGAGAUGGAAGAGUACAAUGGUACAAUGGAUGACUACUUGGAGAUGUUUCUGCAGUUUGGCUAUGUCUUCCUCUUCUCUUCCGCAUUUCCUCUGGCUGCUCUCUGGGCUUUGAUCAACAAUGUGACAGAGAUUCGGUCUGAUGCCUUUAAGAUGGUCAACAUCUUCCAGAGACCUUUUGCUGAGUCAGCUUCUAAUAUUGGGGCCUGGCAGGUCGCCUUUGAACUGAUAAGCAUCAUGGCUGUAAUGACAAACUGUGCACUGAUCGGGAUGAACCCUGAGGUCCGGAAACUUCUGCCCUCUGACAUCACAGCUGUCAACAUCGUCCUCAUCUUUGUGGCGGUGGAGCAUAUAAUCCUGGCUAUCAAAGUAGCCGUGGCUUGCCUGAUACCGGAUCAGCCAAAGUGGGUGGAGAUAGAGCUGGCCAAGAUAGCCUACCAGUCCAAGCUGGCCCUACAGGAAAAGCACUAUCAGGUCACUUCCCACAAGCAUGUUCACAGAAGCGAGUCAGACAAGGAGAAGAUAGACGCUCUACUGAAGGAGAAAUCUCAGUGAAUUCACAGAGAGAGAGAGAGAGAGAGAGAGAGAGAGAGAGAGAGAGAGAGAGAGAGAGAUUCACUGGGAACCCAGAAAAGUAUAUAUCCCUUUUCAAUUUAAAAACAACCAUUUUAAUUUCUUGAUCUCUUUAUCUAGACCUAAUGUAGACAUUAUUUUGGAUUAUGUCUCACAGUGAAUUCUCUCAAAGAUUAUGUUAAUAUUUUUAAAAAAUGUUUAUUCAGCUUGACUUGUAUGAUGGGUAUUUCCUGAUUUUAUGAAUUAUUCUUGAUAAUUUAAUGCAUAUCAAAGAACAAAGUACAAGUCAUGUAUUUCUUUUGAGCUGGUCUCUGGCUGUAUAUUUCUAAAUCUAAAUUUAUUGUCUAAGGACAGGAAGUGCUCAAUCACAUUGCUUUGUUGAAUUACAAUGUGACAUUUCUAAUACACAGCUUCCUUUUUAUACAGAAUGUCUUGUCACAUAAUAUAUAUACUUCUGUAUGUUGUUUAUAGUAUAUGAUGUAAUGGUUGGUGAAGCAUAUACAUACCUGUUUAUUUAUAUCUACUGUAUACAAGGCUAUUUUUGCCUCUUGGUUAUUUUUUUGGCCCAUCUACAUUUACAAACCUUAUCUGGAGUUCACUCGGACACAUUAAGAAAUAUAAACUCCUUCUAAUUAAACAGUGAUUUGAAAUUUGUUUUAAAUUUGCCCUGUCUUAAAUGCACCCACUGAUAGUGAGAGGGAAAUGAUAAAAAAAUAAAAUAGAGUUUUCAGACAUUUCAGACCCAGUAUACAGAAUGAUCUAGUGGUCCAGGAUGAGAGAAGUGCAAUUUAUGUGUUGAUACGAUGUCAUGUUUACGCAUCAGUGAUAUGUCUUGUAUGUCCAGUCCUUUCAUGUUGUGUCCAUUGUACCAGUUUGAUUCUGUAAUCAAUGUGCAAAGUUUGUGAAGAAUUUACAAUCUUAUCAAGUAGAAAAUGUUUUUGAUUGUUUUAGGAAAUCUUCAUGGAACAAAAUAUUAUAUAAAAAAUUCCUGGAUAAAUCGAGGUAAAGGUUAAUUUGAAAAUAUUCAAUUUGUAAAUUGUAUCAUAUGUUAUAUAUGUAAAGCUUUAGAGAUAGUAGUUUUAUAUUUGUUUCAAUAGAUACUAGUCUACUAACUAGAUAAGUGUGUCUAGAGGGUUUAGGACCCCAAAAUCCAAUCUUGCAAUAUUGUGAAUAAUCUUUGGGAUGUUUGGGCAUGUAUUUAAUGUAAGUAGCAUGUGUUUUGAAUUAUCUUUACCCAAAUUUUUAUAGAAUAUAUUAUCUGUUUAUUUAUAAAAAAACAAUUAAACUUGAAAGCUCAA